CGUAUCCCUUUCCUCAGGUACCUGAACGACCUGUACGUGCUGGAGCUGCGCCCGGGCUCGGGGGUGCUGGCCUGGGACAUCCCCAUCACUUACGGGGUGCUGCCCCCUCCCCGGGAAUCCCACACGGCCGUGGUGUACACGGAGCGCGACGGGCGGCGCUCGCGCCUCGUCAUCUACGGGGGCAUGAGCGGCUGCAGGCUGGGGGAUUUGUGGACCCUGGACAUCGAGACGCUGACCUGGAACAAGCCGAGCCUGAGUGGGGUCGCUCCCCUCCCCCGCAGCCUCCACUCGGCCACCACCAUCGGCAACAAGAUGUACGUUUUUGGGGGGUGGGUGCCCCUGGUGAUGGAUGACGUGAAGGUGGCGACGCACGAGAAGGAGUGGAAGUGCACCAACACCCUGGCCUGCCUGAACCUGGACUCCAUGGCCUGGGAGCCCCUGGUGCUGGAGACCCUGGAGGACAACGUGCCGCGGGCUCGUGCCGGGCACUGCGCCGUGGCCAUCGCCACCCGCCUCUACAUCUGGAGCGGCCGCGACGGCUACCGCAAGGCCUGGAACAACCAGGUGUGCUGCAAGGACCUGUGGUACCUGGAGACAGGUGACGCCCCGCCCGCCCCGGGCCGCGUGCAGCUGGUGCGCGCCAACACCACGUCGCUGGAGGUGAGCUGGGGCGCGGUGCCCACGGCCGACUCGUACCUGCUGCAGCUGCAGAAGUACGAGCUGCCCGCCGCGCCCGCGCCGCCGCCCGUGCCCUCGGUGCCCGCCAACCCCCCCAAGAGCCCCGCGCCCCGCCCGCCGCCCGCGGCCGUGCUGCCGGCCGCGGGCGGGGCGGCCACGGCGGCCAGCGGAGCGGCCACGGCGGGGAGGGCACCUGGUGUCCCGGCGGUGCUGAAGGUGACCGGAUCCCCCGCGGCCAGCGCGGGGCCACCGCUGGUCACCGUGCGCUCGGCCGGGCCCGGCAAGGCCCCGGUGACGGUGACGUCGCUGCCCGCCGGCGUCAGGAUGGUGGUGCCCACCCAGAGCCCCCAGGGCACGGUGAUCGGCAGCAGCCCCCAGAUGAGCGGCAUGGCCGCGCUGGCCGCAGCGGCCGCGGCCACCCAGAAGAUCCCGCCGGCCUCGGCGCCCACCGUGCUCAGCGUCCCCGCGGGGGCCACCAUCGUCAAGACGGUGGCCGUGACCCCCGGGGCCACCACCCUGCCCGCCACCGUCAAGGUGGCCUCGUCACCUGUCAUGGUGAGCAACCCCGCCACGCGCAUGCUGAAGACGGCGGCCGCCCAGGUGGGCACGGCCGGGGCGUCCCCCGCGGCCACCAACGCGGCCACCAGGCCCAUCAUCACCGUGCACAAGUCCGGCACGGUGACGGUGGCCCAGCAGGCCCAGGUGGUCACCACUGUGGUCGGAGGGGUCACCAAGACCAUCACGCUGGUCAAGAGCCCCAUCUCUGUCCCGGGGGGCAGCGCCCUGAUCUCCAACCUGGGCAAGGUGAUGUCGGUGGUGCAGACGAAACCCGUGCAGAGCUCGGCUGUCACCGGGCAGGCCUCGAGCGGCCCUGUCACCCAGAUCAUCCAGACCAAGGGCCCCCUGCCCGCGGGGACCAUCCUGAAGCUGGUGACGUCGGGGGAGGGGAAGCCCACCACCAUCCUGACCAGCACGCAGGCGGGGGCGGGGGCGGCCAAGCCCCCCACCAUCCUGGGCAUCAGCAGCGUGUCCCCCAGCACCACCAAGCCCGGGACCACCACCAUCAUCAAAACCAUCCCCAUGUCGGCCAUCAUCACCCAGUCGGGGGCUACCGGUGUCACCAGCAGCCCCGGGAUCAAGUCCCCCAUCACCAUCAUCACCACCAAGGUGAUGACCUCGGGCACCGGGACCCCCGCCAAGAUCAUCACAGCUGUCCCCAAACUGGGCGGGGGGCACGGCCAGCAGGGCGUGACACAGGUGGUGCUGAAGGGGGCCCCGGGCCAGCCGGGGACCAUCCUGAGGACGGUGCCCAUGGGGGGGGUCCGGCUGGUCACCCCCGUCACCGUCUCGGCCGUCAAGCCCACGGUGACCACCCUGGUGGUCAAGGGCACCACCGGUGUGACCACGCUGGGGACGGUGACAGGGACAGUGUCCACCAGCCUGGCCGGGGGGGCAGGUGGCCACAGCGCCACGGCCUCGCUGGCCACGCCCAUCACCACCCUGGGGACAAUCGCCACCCUGUCCAGCCAGGUCCUGAACCCCGCGGCCAUCACGGCCACCGCGGCCGGGGGCGGCCUGGGGACACCGACCAUCACCAUGCAGCCGGUGUCCCAGCCCACGCAGGUGACGCUGAUCACCACGCCCAGCGGCGUGGAGGCCCAGCCCGUCCACGACCUCCCCGUGUCCAUCCUGGCGUCCCCCACGGCCGAAGGUCCCCCCGCGGCCACCUCGGGGGGUGGCAGCCUGGCCGAGCCCCCCCCCCGCGAGGCCACCCCGGGCACCGUCACCCUGGUGUGCUCCAACCCCCCCUGCGAGACCCACGAGACCGGGACCACCAACACGGCCACCACCAGCCUGGUGGCCAACGUGGGGACGGGGGGGGGGACAGCUGCAGCUGCUCUGCGAGGACACGGGCGGGGGGGACAGCGGUGCCGGCGCCCCCCCGGGCCUGCUCCAACCCCCCCUGCGAGACCCACGAGACGGGGACCACCAACACCCCCACGGCGGCGGGGGACGACGGGGACAGCGCGCUUGGGGACACCCGGGGGACCGCCCUGCCCCACGCAGCAGACGGCGGCCACGGGGACGACGAUGACGGCGCGGUUGUGCCCCCCCGAAGGUGGCGGCGGUGGCGGUGGCAGCGGUGUCACCUCGUGCCAAACGCAAGAGGCGGCCCCGUGCCAAACGCCCUGGGGGCAGCCUGAGGUGGGGACGGCCACCGGGGCGGUCACCGCGGCCACCACGGCGAGCUGUGAGACCCCCGCGGGGACGCGGCUGUGCGCCAACCCCCCCUGCGAGACCCACGAGACGGGGACGACCAACACGGUGACAGUGACAGGGUCACAGCUCUGCUCCAACCCCCCCUGCGAGACCCACGAGACGGGGACGACCAACACGGUGACAACCACGGGGACACGGCUGUGUGCCAACCCCCCCUGCGAGACCCACGAGACGGGGACAACCAACACGGUGACAGUGACAGCACCGAGGCCACCCUGCGCCAACCCUCCCUGUGAGACCCACGAGACGGGGACGACCAACACGGUGACAGUGACAGCACCGAGGCCACCCUGCGCCAACCCUCCCUGUGAGACCCACGAGACGGGGACAACCAACACGGUGACAGUGACAGGGUCACAGCUCUGCUCCAACCCCCCGUGUGAGACCCACGAGACAGGGACAACCAACACGGUGACAACCACGGGGACACGGUUCUGCUCCAACCCCCCCUGCGAGACCCACGAGACGGGGACAACCAGCACGGCCACCACCACCACGGCCGCCUCGCGCCCCCCCGCCCGAGUCGGGGACAGCGGUGCCACCACCUCGAGGUGUCCCCCCCCUGCGCCAACCCCCCCCUGCGAGACCCACGAGACGGGGACGACCAACACGGUGACAAUGACAUCGUCACAGCUCUGCUCCAACCCCCCCUGCGAGACCCACGAGACCGGGACCACCAACACGGCCACCACGGCCACCGCGGGCUCCCGGCCGGGUGACACUACCACGGCCACCAGCGCUGCCACCACCGCCACCACCUCCAGCACGGGGGGGGUCCCCGCCUUGUGCCAACCCCCCCUGCGAGACCCCCGAGACCGGGACCACCAGCACGGCCACCAGAGCGGGGUCCUCGCCCUGCCAGAGCCACCAGAGCGGGGCCACCAGCACGGCCACCACCGAGGGGGUGACACCGCCCCGCCCUGUGCCACCGCCACCAGCCCCCCCCGCGCCUGCUCCAACCCCCCCUGCGAGACCCACGAGACGGGGACAACGGCCACGGCCACCACGGUCACCGCCAGCAUGGGCGCCAGCCAAGAGCCCCCCCCACCGGCUGCCAACGGGCAGGGGGAAGGGGAAACCCCCCCCAGCGAGGGCGGGGGUCCCCCUGUGCCCCCCGGGACCCCCAGCCCCGGCCCCAGCGGCAGCGGGACCCCCCAGCCCCGGGCGGUCACUACGGUCACUCAGUCCACGCCAGCGCCGGGGCCGGCCGUGCCGACCAUCUCGUCGCUGACCGAAUCCCCCCCGGCUCCCCCCGAGACGCCCCCAACCACCACGCCCACCCCCCCCUGGAGACCCCCACCCACCCCAGGACCCCUCCUCGGCCACGUCCCCGUCCCCCCCCGGGCCCGAGGCCGCCCCCGGAGCCGAGGCCGGGGGGUCCCCGGAGCCGCUGGCCGUGGUGGUGCUGCCGCCGGCCGCGGCCGAGGGGGGCCCGGCCGAGGGGCUGGCGCUGCCCCCCGAGCUGCUGGCCGAGGCGGGGGGCGCGGGGGGCCCCCCCGGCUGACCCCCGAGGAGCUGGCGGUCACCGCGGCGGCCGAGGCGGCGGCGGCGGCCGCGGCCAGCGAGGAGGCGCAAGCCCAGGCUCUGGCCAUCCAGGCCGUGCUGCAGGCCGCGCAGCAGGCGGGACAUCGGAGCCGCUGGAGCCCGGCGAGCCCGGGGGGGGCCCCUCGGAGCUGGGGGGGGCCCUGGGGGUGUCGGAGGGGGCGGGGGGCGCGGGGGGGGGCGCUGCCCCUGGUGCUCACCCAGCAGGAACUGGCGGCGCUGGUGCAGCACCAGCAGCACCUGGCCGAGGCCCAGGCGGCCGCGCCCCCCCCCCAUUUGCCCACCGAGGCCUUGGCCCCCGCCGACAGCCUCAACGACCCCGCGGGUGACACCAACGGCCUGGGGGACCUGGGGACAGUGCCCGGGGGGGGCACCCCCGCCACCCUGCUGCCCCCCCCCGGGGACGGCCUGGCCCCCUCGAGCGCCUUCGUGGCCCCCCCGGGCCCUGCAGUGGCCCCCAGCCCCGCCAAGCUGCAGGCGGCCGCCGCCCUGGCCGAGGUGGCCAACGGCAUCGAGAGCACCCCCGUGAAGCCGGAGCCGGGGGCGCCGCCCAAGGCGCUGCCCAAGAAGGAGAACCAGUGGUUCGACGUGGGCGUCAUCAAGGGCACCACCAUGAUGGUCACUCACUACUUCCUGCCGCCCGAGGACGCGCCCCCGCCCGACGAGGAGGGCUCGGGGGUCCCGGACCACUCCCAGCUGCGCCGCCAGGAGCUGCAGCCGGGCACGGCCUACAAGUUCCGCGUGGCCGGGCUGAACGCCUGCGGCCGCGGGCCCUUCUCGGAGCUGUCGGCCUUCAAAACCUGCCUGCCCGGCUUCCCGGGGGCGCCCUGCGCCAUCAAGAUCAGCAAGAGCCCCGACGGAGCCCACCUGACGUGGGAGCCGCCGUCGGUGACGUCCGGCCGCAGCGAGUACUCGGUGUACCUGGCCAUCCAGGGGGGGCCCGGGGGGGGCCCCGAGGCCCGCGGGGGGGGGGCCCAGCUGGCCUUCAUGAGGGUCUACUGCGGGCCCAGCCCCUCGUGCCUCGUGCCGGCCUCCAGCCUGGCCAGCGCCCACAUCGACCACACCACCAAGCCGGCCAUCAUCUUCCGCAUCGCCGCCCGCAACGACAAGGGCUACGGCCCGGCCACCCAGGUGCGGUGGCUGCAAGAAUCGAGCAAGGACGGAGCUGCCGGGAAACCGGGCAGCAAACGGCCCCUGGCGUCCCCCGACCUGUGAG